AUGGGUGCUUGCUUGUCUUGCAUACCAAAGCCAGAAGAACCCCAGACCAAUGUGCGCGUGGUUCAUCUCAACGGCUACGUCGAAGAGUUCGAGCAUCCAGUUCAGGUCAGUGAACUCACCGGAAAGCCCCCUAAGCACUUUGUGUGUACACCAACUCAGCUUCUGUCAACUGGCUACAAGCCAUUGAAGCCGGACACUCUUCUUCAGCAAGGCCAAAUCUACUUCUUGCUGCCCUAUUCUGCACUACAGAGUGAUGCUUCUCCCAUGGACUUGGCUGCCGUGGCCCGGAAGUUAACGGCUUUGGGAAGAAGUGGUAGUAAAAGGAGUAAUGAAGGGUUGGGAAGGUCUGGUAGUUCGUCGAGGUCCGGUGAUCAGAUGAGUCCUAUGCAUUGCUCUAGUCCAGUUUGGAGUAACUACUCGUCGUCACCGGGGAGAAGCAGUCCGGGCCGGUUUAUUGAGCCGGAGGGUAGCCCUAGCCGGAUGGAGAUGUAUGGUGCGCAGAGGUCUACAAGAGCAAGGUCAUGGAAGCCACUGUUGGAUACUAUAUCAGAGAGACAGCUGAACCGGAGAACGGAGUCGGAUUUGCAGGAGAAGAAUGUGGAGGCAGCCAAAUAUCUAAAGUGA